AUGCUCGGUGUCGCACGCGCUUGUGAUCUGCGUGCUCCCAUUCGCACGCGCCCGGCUGCAUUCACGCCUCCUCAUCUCGUCAUGCCCACCUUUUCAAACUCCCUUUCUCCCAUGCUGCCACUCGUCCCGUCCUCCCUUGCGCAGUCGUCCCAUUCCCCCUCUCCUCCCUUCCUCCCACACGGCCCCUCCCCCAAGGCAGUUGGGCUAGCGAGUGGCCAUCGCUAUCACAAUGAUGUAGCUAGGCGAGCGAGAGGCCAUCGCUAUUACAACAGCGGUGUAGGUGUGCGGCUAUCACCACCGCCCCACCCACCUGCUGACUUUCCUUCCUCCCAUGUCUCCCUGCCCUUGCACCCUCUCCCAUCCCUCCUGCAAUCGCUCUCACACGUCGCUCUAGGCCCAUCUCCCGCAGCAGCUAGGCUGUGGCCAUCGCUAUCACAACGGUGUAGCUGUGCGGCUAUCACCACUACCCCACCCACUGGCUUUCCUCUCAUGUCUCCCUGCCCUUGCACCCUCUCCCAUCCCUCCUGCAAUCACUCCCACACAUCGCGCAUGGCCCCUCCCCCAAGGCAGCUAGGCGAGCGAGAGGCCAUCGCUAUCACCACAGUGGCCACGGGCAGCGAGAAGAGUGGGCCGUACACGGGGACCGACAAAGACGAGUCGGAAGAGGAAGAGUCGGAAGAGGGAGAGCCCGCGAGAGGCCAACGCGCGAGCGAUCCCACCCUGCCCCCGGCUGCUGCGUCCCCACGUUUUCCGAAGCGGGCUUCUGCACGCGUGGUGUCUGCGCUCGCACCAACGGCCCGCAAGCGCCCGCGGGCUGACGGAACAGGGGAUGUGCGCGAGGUCAAAGGCGCUGGCGUGGAAAUAGGGGUCGGCGGAGGCGGCAGAGCAGCAAGCGGAGCAGCAAGCGGAGCAGAAAACAAGGGUGUCGGGGCCGACGAGGUGGGAACGGCGGGUGAAGGCCAACGCGCGAACGACGCUAGGACAGCACAGGCGGGUGGAGCAGAGAAACGUACCGUGCGUGAUGCCAAGGACGCGGGGAAGGUGGAGAGAUUGAGGCUGGCCGACAUCUUUCAGUUGGAGAGCGGAGAGUGGGUUGCCCAAGCAACCAUCCGUGGGCAGCAAUGGUACCUGGGGUGGCAAAGGAGCCGAGCGAAUGUUCUCUACCUCCUAUGCAUGGCGCGGACGGUGUUUGGCGAGCCGGCUGACCUGGGUUUGGAACUCCACACGAUCACGCAGGCCGCGUGGGAAGCAGAGUGGAAACAAGCGCGCCAUAUCCCUCCUGGCCUGUGGGCGGUCAUGCAUGGCCACAUGCUCACGCACACUGUGCACAGGUACCGCAUGGUUCUAAGCAGUUUCAAUGCUUCGGCGGGCGACGGGGAGAGUGACGAGGAGAGCAGGGUGUCGGCCCUCUGCGCGGCCAUUGGGGCCACCGCCGCCACCGUCGAGAAGUGUGGCACUGCCACCGAGCUUUACGCUACAGCGCUGGCGGCGUCAUGCGCGGCGGUGUGGAGCAUCUGGCGUGGAGACAGCACCGCCUCAGCUGUGGAACGCGCUGUUGCUGUGGCCAGAGCUGUUGGUGCAGCGCUGCCGCGAUUGCGGCUCUGCAGGCUCGCGACCGGCGUGGUCUUGGCCACUUUGGGUAACGAAUCCGGGAAUCCGGAGGGGCGGCCAGUUCGGACCCGGAUGGGCACGUUGCGCAGGUGA